AAAAAAUACCUGAAUACGGCCAUCAGAUUUAUCAUAAUCUCUAGUAAUUAGCCCUCUCCUGAUUAACAAUAAAUCGAAAUCCAAAUUUAAAUAUUAUAGCCCAGCUCUGGGAGCAACUAGAAAUCUUUUGGCGGGUGAUUUUCUCUAUCGGCGCCUGUAUGGAUAUUCUCCCCGGUGGGAUCAACCUUCAUUGGAAAUGAAUUCUUGGCAGAAUCCCUUCGGGGCAAGCCGCCCAAAUUCGUCUCUAGAACACACCAUUUUGAAUUGUCACGAAAAAUUUUCAGAUGAUGAUAACUCAGGAGAUCAGGUUGUUUAUAAUCACAAUCACCUGGAGAGCCUUCGAAGCCUUUACCAGCGAGGAAAUCAGGAUACAACUCAGCAUGCAACAUCAAAUAAUGUUAAAGUAGACUUUGGACAGAGGCAUUCAAUGAUUUGUAGCUCUCUACCAUCCAAGCAAGAGUUAAAUGUGUGGACUUCUUUCCAGUUGCAGCCUUCUGAACAAGAGGCAAAAGCUGUGUUAUCAUUAGAGAAGUUACAUGCAUUUUCUUUUGGAAGAAUUCAUAGUGACUAUAUUGGAACUCAAAGUGAGAACUAUCUACCUCAUCAGACUCAAGCUGAAAAUGGUUUUACUGUUACAGAUCUUCUGGUCACAGGAAAUAACCUUCACAAGAACAAUAAUCAGCAAUUGCAAUCAGGGCCAGGUCCUGGCCCUUCUCAAUUGGAACAAGGGCAACAUUGUGAUUCGUCGGAGGUGGAAGCAGGAGUUGAAGAAGCAGGCACCUGGUCGAGGAUUUUUAAUGAAGCAGAAAAACUUGAUGAAAAUUUUCAUGAAACCACCAAUUCUGCUGCAUGCACGGCACAUGCUGGAAAGGCAAGAUUUCUGAGAGGAAAUCCAAGAAAGCACAGAUUCAAAUAUUCUAUACGUCAAGCAAAGCUACCUUUUCAUGAAAAAAAGGAUUCAAGUGAACUUCAAGACAAUAGCACUAACAUGUCAUUGGUACAACAAUUCAAUAUGCUUGUAAAAUCUGAUGUUUCUGCAGAGGACUGUAGACAACUUCCCAUGGUGGAACGGCUAGAAGAGCUAUUUGAAAAUGAUACAACAUCUCCCUGUUCUUCCUACAAGUUGAGAAGAAUCCAUAAAAGAAAAGAGACAAGAUUGCUUACUGGGGGAAAACGAGUUUUACAUUCACCCUCUAGUAGAUACAAUGUGGCCAAUGAGGACAUUUUGGAUUCCUUUGACUACGACGAGUCAGGCAAGGAUGGUGUACUAUUAAAUGAGGACAAUGGCAUGAGAGUGAAUAUGUCUUUCUCAAAGGGUAGAGAACAAAUGAUGUCAGAUCUCUUUCAGGAAGCCUUGAAUUCUGCUCCUGUGGUGGAAAAUGGCGUUGCUUUUACUAGCAGGUUUAAGGGAACUGAUUGUGGAUUUUCCAAUCGACUGCAGAAUGUCCUAGAUCAUGAGAAACAGGAACAUAAGCAAUUUAUGAAAAUCUUACACUUGGGACAAAAAUCACAUGAUGAGAAAAAAUGCAUAGAUGUAUGGAUAUUGGCAAAAAGCUUUGAAGCAAAACUGAUGAUCUGUAAGUGCAUGGUUGAAAGGGCACGUGAGAACACUCAAAGCAUUCAACACACUUCCUCAGAUGUGGAGAGUGGGAUGGGUAAUACCAUAACAGUCAUUUUCAGUUCACGAACAAGCAGCCAUCUUGAGAUUGAGAUUGGAAAAAUAGUUCGUAUUCACCAACCUUGGAAAGAAAUACGACCAGAGGAGCAUGAUAAGAUCGUAGUUUGUGCAUACUUCUGUGAGAUGACACCGACUUAGAAAUUCUUAAUAAAAUUGUAAUCUGAAUGUAGGUGCUCAAGUGAUUGCGGACAUUCAGAGAAUUGCGUUUCUUCCUUCUCUUGUGAUAGCUGUACUGUCAUGCAUAUCCAUAUCCAGACAUCUCUAUUUGCCUAUAUACAUGUAUCAAUUUCUCCAUAUAUUUUUUGUCAUCAAGUAUGAUCCAUGCUCAUCAAAUCGUGAAUUAAAUUCCAGAGCAAAGAUAAUAACAGGAGGAAAGAAUGUUGGUAAAGAGCCAUGUUGUGGUUUGCUCUAAAAUUGAAUAAUGUUGUCUGGUGAUAAAAAAUGGAGAAGCAUAUCUAAUAAUGGAGACUGGAUGUAAACACAAUUGUGUGGUAUAUUAUUGGUACUCUAUAAUGUACCAAUGAUUUUCAGUUGUGCACUAAAAUUCAAAAUCUUCUCUAGAAGGCAUUUAUUUGUGGCUAGUGAUUUGGUUUCUUCAGAAUGAUCCAAAUCACCUUCAGUUUCUGCUUAUAAGUUCACAUUAAUUAGGCAAAAAAACUAGUGUCAGUGAAGAUGCAAUCAUUUUGGAAUCCAGAAAAGGUAUUCAUAGCUGGAGUAAGAUUCUUGUGAACAAUUACACGGUGAAUAUCUUCUCUUCUCCAAGGUUUUGAGAUGAAAUAGAAUGGUCAGUAAUGAUGCUAUAUCAUUUUCGAUGCAAGAGAAAGUCAGAGCUGGAGAAAGAGCCACUCAAGACAAACAUACGACGAACAUCUCUUUUUACAAACAGUGUGAAUAGCAACUUUCAGUUUCUGACUUAGUGGCCUUAGAUAACUGUGUGAAACAUAGUGUGUAUCUCAUGAUUAAACUACAGAGAAGACACAUUGCUUUGCUGUAAUGCAUGCAAAAAACACCUUUCUUGCAUCUUAUUUCUUGUCUGUGUAAGCAGUUAUGUUACAAUGGUGGUAUGCUGGCAUAAGCAUUUGUCCGUGAGUGAAGGCAGAAGAUAGCAGAGGCUUUCAAGAAGGAAUGUAAAUAUACGAUGCUUGAUGACUGAUCAUAAUGGGAUGAAUUUAGGGCUGGGUGCUGUUAUUAGCGAUAUAAUGUGAAUAUAAAUUUCUUGUAACUCUGAAUUAUGAUCUUUUUGUAAAUGGUGGAUUCGAAACAUAAAAAAUGUGAGAUCUAGCAAACCGAUUAAUGAA